GAGUUCCCCAUGCUCAGCGCCGCCUACUACGCAGCGGCAGUGGCGAGCGGGCGACUGCGGGUGGAGCCCUCCUCCUGCUUCCCGGCGACGAAGGCGGCAGCAGCAGCAGCAGCGGGCGGGAAGAAGUGGGCGGCGAAAGCAGCAGAGGUGGAAGCAGCAGAGGCGAAACCAGUCAAUCAACCGAUUGCUGCGGCGGUGGAUGCAGGUGUGCGGCCGCCGGCUGCUGCUUCUGAAGCUCCUUCCUCCGCCGAGGGUGUGGGUGCCGCUGGCAGUGGCAGCGGCCUUGGCACCAGCAGCAGCAGUGGUGGAAGUGGUGGCGGCAGUGUCGGUGCUGGCGGCAGCGGUAGUGGCCCGGUGCCCUGUUGGUGGUCUCCCGAGCGGCCGCUGCGGGCGGGUAUGUGCAUCCGGCACUUCAUACACCGACAUGAGCCGCCGGUGCUGGCGGGGGAGGUGCAGGUCCUGGGCAUCUCUGCUGACUUUGUUGCGGUCAACAAGCCCGCCUGCCUGCCUGUGCACACGGUGGGGCAGUACCGCAAGAACACCGUGAUGGGGGUCGUGCAGGCCGCCCACCCGCACCUCUGGCCGCUCUACCCCACAUACCGGCUGGACAAACCCGUCAGCGGAGUGCUGCUGCUGGCUCGGUCGGGGGCGGCGGCGGGCAGGAUGCGGGAGCUGCUGGAGGACCGCGGCUGUUCCAAGACCUACGUGGCCCGGGUGCAGGGUGUGUUCCCGGACACCUCCGCAUCGGGGCCGCUGGUGGUGCGGGUGCCGCUGGCUUGGGACGCGAAGACCAACCACGCAACUGCCGUACCGGAUGCUGCCGCCGCCGUACAACCGCAAACAGAAGCGGGGGCAGCAGCAGCAGCAGGAGCGGGUGGUGGGGGUGCUAAGCCUGCUGAGACGCACUUCCGGCGGCUCAGUGUGUCGCCGGAUGGACUGACCAGUGUGGUGGAGGCCUGCCCCAAGACCGGUCGCACCCACCAGAUCCGAGUGCACCUGCAGCACCUGGGACACCCCAUCGCCAACGACACUCAGUACGGCGGCAGCUACGGCCUGCCGCUGUUCUUCCGGCGCGGCAUGGGCGGGCCGGAGCGACCGCAUGUGAACGGACAGCGGCGAAUGCACCAAGCAGAAGAGCGGGAGGCGGGCUGCAGUGACGCCGUGUUGGCCGCCGGUGCGCCGCCAGCAGCGGAAGCAGCAGCAGCAACAGCAACAGCAGCAGCAACAGCAGCAGCAACAGCAGCAGCAACAAGGUCCGCGGGUGCCUCGGGACCACUGACGGAGGAGCCACAGGUGGCGGCGUCGGAAACCCCAGAGGAGACCGCAGCGGCGGCGACGUGCCGUGGUUGCAUUGGGGCCCCGCAGGAGCGGGAGCAGCAGCAGGGCGAAGGCGAGGCAGGCAGGGCGGUAGCGAACAAGCGGCAGCGGAGGUGCAGCGGCGGGGAGGAUCAGGGCGGUGGCAGCAAUGGCGGUGGUGCGGAUGCAUGUAGGGAGGCACAGGGAGGCGCUGCUGCUGCUGGCGGUGCCGCUGCUGCUGCUGCUGGUUGCUGUCCCAACUCGGAUGCGGGGCUGGUGGCGCUCUCCUCGGAGCGCUACAUGCAGCUCUACACGCGACCCGAGUUCCAGGUGCCGGGCGGCUGCUCCGACCCGCUCUGCCCGCACUGCCCCUGCCUGGUACCGGAGGGAUACCCCAUCGACCUGGAGCCCCUCUUCCUGCAUGCGGCCAGGUAUGCAGCGU